CUCAAUAAUUAACUUCACCAAGAGCAGGACCACAAUCUGCAAUCAUUCCCCACUGACGCACUCUUGGGAUAUUUGUAUCUCCAUUAUUGCUUGUUUUCUAGCAUAUCGAAUAUCUACUUUCUCUACUUUCUCUACUUAAUCUUCUGUACCUCUGCUUACAAUCCCCGUUCUUGAUUUCUUUACUUUUUCAACAAAGCAUCAAUUUUCUGUUAAUGGCGUCCACUUCGACAUCUGCUCUAGGAAACCAGGAACGCGAUCCAUUUUUUAUACUUGAACCUCCCACCGAAAGGAUAAAAUCCUCUUUAUCUGCAAAACAAUAUGAUGUAUUCAUAAACCAUCGAGGCCAGACGUUAAAACAACUCUGGCCCAGCAGCUCUACGAUUGUCUACACCAAGCUGGGAUCCGGGCAUAUCUGGAUGCUCCAGAGACUGAACCGGGAGAAUAUUUUACUUCUGCCAUAAAGAAUGCCAUAUUAUCUGCGAAAGUGCACAUAGCCAUCUUAUCACCAACAUAUGCAGAGUCUGUUUGGUGUUUAGCUGAGCUAAGCUUAAUGUUUCAAACCGAGGCUAGAAUUAUACCCCUGUUUUACCAUGUUCCUCCUUCAGACUUCCGCCACAUCAAAAAUGGAGUUGCAAAAGCAUUUAGGGAACACGAAGAGAAGGGCAGAUAUCCUAGUCAUGACAUUCAACAGUGGAAAGAAUGCCUGCAGAACGUUUCAGGGAUAAAGGGCUUCGAACUCAACGGACACAACCACGACCUAGGCAAGCUGUGUAAUCAAGUCGUGUCUGCCGUGGUUAAAGAGAAGCAACAGAGAAAAAUUCCCUUGGAAGUUGCAAAAUGUGAGGUGGGACUUGAUGAGUCUGUGAAAGAUUUCCACAGCCAUUGCCAAAGGAAUGGGCAGAUGAGAGAUAAAGUAAUGGGAGGGUCUGCCAAGACCACUGUCGUCAAAAAUGAAGAUACUGUUGAUGAGAAUUAUAUUGACGAUUGGGUUGAGCCUGAUGACAAUGAAGAGGAUGAAAAAUAUGAUGAUGAGAAUUAUAUUGAUGAUGACGAUGAAGAGGAUGAAAAAGAUGAUGAUGAGAAUUAUAUUGAUGAUUGGGUUGAGCCUGAUGAGAAUUAUAUUGAUGAUUUCUCUGGUUACAUUUAUGAGGAUCGAUGAUUGGGUUGAACUUGAUGACUACAACGAAGAGACGAAAAAUAUGAUAUCUUAAAAGCAAACCAAAAUUUAUAAAAUUGAAGGGGUGUUGUAUGUGAAAUGAUUUUUUAUUUAAGUUUUAUAUUUAUAAAAAAAUAGUACUAAUAUAUUUAAUUGUA